AUGAACCCCCGAGAGAAUGGACCCGACCACCACGCCAUAUCUCCAAGCCAUUAUCACCAGUACGCCCAACAACCGGUGUACUCGACAUGGAGAUAUGACCAGGACCACAUCUACGGAGAUGUGAGAACAAGUUUUUCGUGGGAACGUCCACCUGAUCGCCCCGAGACCGACCAUGAAACUCGAGGCAGAGGGUUGGAGCAGCAGUCGGAGCUUGAGCGGGACACAUCACGGUCAAUCAGUCCGGCCGAACCGUACUACCCGUCGGCUUCGGCUUAUAGUGACGACAAGUUGUAUCCAUGGCAACCCGGAUUUGUCAAACAGUUCCCUUAUAUGGGACUGGUACCUUUGUUGUUGAGCAUAGCUUGCACCGUUGUAGCUAUAUCUAUUAUACUUGUGAGCAAUGACAAGCUUGAGAAGGACUGGUCCGGAGUCAUGCAGCCUAGCGUCCUCCUAGCCUAUAGUUCGACUGUAGCAAAUACCCUGUUGGGAUUUUCUUUUGUAUAUGGCUGGGUCACGCAGUUCUGGGUACGAGCUGUCAGCGGUCGGAUGCGUUUGGCGGACUUGUACUAUCACUAUGAAGGAGCGACGAGUGUUUGGGGAGCCAUCACCUCCCUAGCUCGAGGCAGAGUUGCUCGUGUCAGUUUGGUAAGCUAUGAUCUGAAGGUGAAUGGGGGAAACGCCACUUUUGUCUCGGAUAGCUGGACGGGGGAUUCCAUCGUGAAACCAGUCAAGCAUAGUGACCCAGGCCAACUGCCCAAAAUCGAGUUCCUUUCGCAAUCUACUAGCCAGCUCUGGGACGCCCAAAUCAGCAUGGCUAUGGGGUCCAUCCGUAUAACACCCGAGAGUCCCAGAGAGUACCUCGUCAUGUCCGACCCUCUCCGCAAGGGGCUGGCCUCUUUCAUCUACUACAACCAAGAACCCGGCAACUACGACUUGUGCAGCGCAACCUUUGACGAUCCAAUGGACGAUAUUUUCAAGAGCUUCCGCGAACUGGUACUCCGCCUCGCCAUCGUGGACGCGGUGGAAUGGAAUGCCUUUGCUGCGCUCACCAAUUCGGCCACCAACCAAACAACCCUCCCGCUCGCGCAACAAACCGUGCCUUACCAAAGCAACCAGGGGUGGUGGAAUCUGGGAAGAGAUUUUUCGAUGAACCCGCUGGAGUUGGUGAAUGCGUUGCUUGUGCGGGGGACUGGGAUAGGGAUGGAAAAUGGGGCGGGAAUGGGGAUGACUGCUGAUUCCGCCCCCGACGCUGUGAACGGACAACGACAAGGGCACCAAAGUUAUCAGGAUUGCAAUUCACAGCAGCAGCAGCAGCAGCAGCAGCAGCAGCAGCAGAAGCAGGUUGAACUCAACCUGGCUAACCUGCCGCUACUUCUCAGUGAAAGCAGUAAUGCUUCGCGGGCGCAGGUGGUUGACCAUGUGAGAAGGAGAAUACGGGGCACAAGAGACGGCGAGGUUGGUAAGGAGAAGGAUGGAGAUGGCAAGGGGAAUGAUAUUGCUAAUAUGAUUGAGGUUGAGGCUGGAAGUAGCAGUGAUAAUAAUUGA